UUCCGGGAGAACGGGGGACUGAGUUGGAUAAUCAACUGUGAUCAUCGUGAAUGGGGCAGCAGGCUCGAUGGGCCGAAUGGCUCUGCUGCUACUUUCGAUGUUUCUAUAUUGAUGAGUUGAAUCCAUGGAAGAAUAAUUAAACAGGGGCAUUUCUCUUGUACCAUGUUCCCUUUGUUUAAUUUUAUUUAAAAAAUGUAUGACUGAGUUUUAAACAUAUAGCAUAGUGUGACAGUCUUGGAUAUUCUGAAAAUGUUUCGCACACAAAUGGUAAUGAGGGGCAGAAGCAUCAUUUUGGAACUUCAAGUUUGAUAUUUUAGACCCUUUUACGCCAUCGUAAUUCCAUCUGAGUGUGGAGUAGACAAUAUUGAAAGGUAUAAAUUUACUGAUUCGCCAAUGAACAGACACUUCAUGUCAAGUCCUGUCUGGGAAGAUUUUCUUGUUGCACGAGUCGGGUGUGGGGAGGGAAUGCAUCUGAUCAUGUUGUUGCAGAAUUAUUACGAAAAGUUCCUUUGACCAACUUGUACAGCUUCCGGCUUCCUGUGAAUGUGAAAGUCAGGAAACCAAAUAGAGUUUAUGAAUACAUAUGGUACAUAAAUAUACAAGUAUGGAACGGGUCUGAAAUAGGGAGUAGCUGUUGGAAGAAGUUGUCAGCGAGAAUUUUCCUUCCAGUGUUAGGCGUGAGUAGGAUGACAGUUUGUCAACAUUUGGAGAGGUGCAGAUAUCACUGAUCUCUCAGGAUACAAAGCCCACGAACAACCCGUUUCCAUUCUCCUUUUUCGAAGCAGAUGGUGGGAAGGCUGUUUGGUGCAUUUUCACGAAUCGCUUGCCUUCAGUGGAUUUGUAGAUGGAUCGUUGUUAAAGAAGUUAUUGGAUUGUUUGGUACAAGGCAAUGGAAACAGCCAAGUUGUGAAUAUUUUUAAUUAACUUGUUCAAACAUGACACGCCUCCGGAACAGAUGGGAUUUCAACCAAAACCUCCUGAUCCAGAGCACAAUGGCCACUGGAAUGGAGGAGAAUUGGCCGGUCCCAAUGAGAGCGAUUGGAGCUCAGAACCUUCUCACUAUGCCGGGAGGAGUUACACAGUCUGGCUAUCUCCAUAAGAAAGGAGGAUCCCAAUGGAAGAUCAUGAAGUGGCCACUACGAUUUGUUAUCAUUCACAAGGGCUGUAUUUAUUACUUCAAAUCCAGCACUGCGGCCUCUCCACAGGGAGCUUUUUCUCUCAAUGGGUACAACAGAGUUAUGAGAUCAACAGAAGAAACAACAUCAAGCAAUGUGUUUCCCUUCAAAAUCAUUCACAUUAAUAAGAAACACAGAACCUGGUACUUUUCAGCAGCAUGCGAGGAGGAGAGAAAGAAAUGGAUGAUGGGUUUGCGAAAAGAAAUUGAUCGUUAUCAUGAGAAGGCAGACAUGCAAGGAAAUCUGAGUGACUAUUCUGAUGCCGAGAAGUUUUAUGGCUCAAUAGAGCGUCCAGUGCAGAUAAAAUACACAGCAAAAGAAUCAGAGUCUGGAGAUUACGCAGUUGAUGAUGAGGAGGAGGAAGAUGAAGAAGAGGAGGAGGAUGACUACCUGAGACCAGAUGGACUCUCUGUAGAAUCAGAAGGUGUUUGCCCUAUGUUGAAUUCUCCAAUUCAGCUAGAAAGGAGCAAUAAAAAACCACUUCCUCCUCUGCCACCUCCCACACAAAGACGCAUGUCACAUGAGUUGGUCGUUAUUAAAGAAGGUGUAUCAAGUUCAUCACAGGACCAUUUGCCUUCCCCUUCUUCUACAAAAACUGAAACCAGUGCAUUGUUCAAAUGUCUGUCUCCCAAAGCUUCUCCAGGCUGUCCAAACCCCUCUAAUGUACAUUUAAAAUCCACUUCAAAUGGAAAGGAAAAACACAGGAGAUACUCAGAAACUACAGACUCUGACAUCAAAGUGAAAAGCAAAUUUGCAAUGGAGUUAAAUAAGCAUUUACAACAUACAGCUGGAAAAGAGACAUCACUUGAUGUUGUAUCCCCUUCUGCACUCUUCUACAAAGGACAUAAUUCUGGAUCUCCUUCCACACUCAUGAGCAAAGCAUUUAGCACAGUACCUCCUCCAGUGCCUAUGAACAAAGGAACUGUCACUGUACCUCCUCCAUUGCCAAUGAAUAAGGGAGCUAGCAUUGUACCUCCUCCAGUGCCAAUGAACAAAGGAGCUAACAUUGUACCUCAUCCAGUGCCAAUGAACAAAGGAGCUAUCACUAUACCUCCUCCAGUGCCUAUGAACAAAGGAACUGUCACUGUACCUCCUCCAUUGCCAAUGAACAAAGGAGCUAACACUGUACCUCAUCCAGUGCCCAUGAACAAUGGAUCUAAAGCUGCACCUCCUCCAGUCCCUGUCAAUAAAGGAUUUAAUGUUGAAUCUUCAAUAUUUAUGAGCAAAGAACUAAGCACUGCAUCUCCUUCAAUACUCACGACAAAAAGAUGUAAUGCUGGAUCUCCUCCUGCACCAUUGCCCAAAGGAUCAAAUGCAAGCCAUCCUCCAUUACCAGCAAACAAACCCAAGUUUUCACCAAUUCCAUCUGAACUGGUACAGGUCAAGCCUAAACUAUAUAAACCAGAACUGCUGCCAAAAGGAACUUCAGCUUUCACCAAGCAACUACCUCCUGCUGUUAAGCCUAACUUUCAACAAUAUGAUACAAAACUGGCAAAACCCUUACACCGCUCAUCUCCUGAAGGACGAAGUUUUCGGUCUGCUGAAACUGAAAAGCUGGUUCCACGACUAAGGUCUCAAUCGCAGCCAUCACAGAGCCAUGUAUCUGAGUGUGAUGAUGAUGAUUAUGAAAAUGUACAGCUGCCACCCUCUGUCUUUGUAAAUACAACAGAAUCCAAUGAUGUUGAGAGGUUAUUCGUAUCUACACAUCCCAGAUCCAACCCAGAGAAUGGACUGUACUGUAUACGGAAUUCUUCAAAGGCAGGAAAGGUUUUAGUUGUAUGGGAUGGCUCAGAGAAGAAAGUGAGGAACUACAGAAUUUUUGAAAAGGAAUCCAAGUUCUUCCUAGAAGCGGAUGUAAAGUUCAUAUGCCUCGCAAGCAUGGUUGAGUUUUACCAUAAACACACACUUCCAAUACAUGACAACUUACGUCUCAGAGUGCCUUAUGGCUAUAAGCACCCAACAUGACAUUAACUCUUCAUAUACUGCCUCUUUGGAUGUGAAACAAAUCAAUAUGAUCAACAAGACAAAUUAAACUGCACAUGAAAAGCUUGGAUGAUUUAAGCAAUACUGUUUUAGAAGAAGGCAGAAAGAGAGAAAAAAAACAGAAUUAUUGUACAUUCCAUCAGUUAUUGUAACAGGACAACCUGGAAAGCUGUGAAAUAUCACUUAUCAAAGCAAAAAGGCUGUAAUGCCUUCUGUUGACUUCUUCCACAUUUCUGUGUCAUACAGAAAAGAUAUUGGCAAUUGUUUGAACUAAGAUGAAUCUUUUCCUUUUCUGGUUGUGAAGCAGUUUCUGCUCAGAAUCCUGACCAAUCAGAGACAACUAUAGGAUCACCUGGGCUCUUCAAACUCUGCAUUUAUUGUCAACAUCCAUCUCAAGACCAGAGUUCUGAGGAACAUUUGACGCAAAAUGUUAACUCUGAUUUCUCUCCACAGAUGCUGGCAGACUUGCUGAGCAUUUCCAGUAAUUUCUAUUUUUGUCUCCAGAGAUAUAGAGAUAUAUAGCAUGGGUCUGUAAUACAAUUUAGUUUGCCUUUUCAGCACUGACCUACUAUAUUGAUUAAUAAUCCUGUAAUUGGAUUCCUUAUACAUUCUUCUGGUAACAAUUAGAAUUUAUUGCACAUUAAAAGGAAUUCCAAGACAAGAGAAAAUGUUUUGAGAAUCUUAAAACAUGCUUUGGUUUGCGUAAUGUUAAAUGACUAGAAGAUGUGAUAUAGAUGCCAGCACAACCACCAAGUCUUUGUAGAUUUGCUGUAAUAUUUUAAUAUGCUUUUAUUUGGUUACCUUUUGAAAUUGAUAACACAGAAUUUAAUGCCCAGAAAUAAGCAACUUGGCCCAAUUAGCCUGUACCUGCGUUGAUGUUACACAAAUCUUCUCUCAUUCCAUUUAUAUUAUCUCAGCCUUGCAGCUUAAUUCCUAUCUCUUUUUCUCAAAUAGGGAUAGCACAAUAGCUAAGUGGUCACUCCCAGCCUUGGGUGACUGUGUGGAGUUUGAAAGUUCUUUCUCAUAUCUGCAUUUGUUUCCUCUGGGUGCUCCGGUUUCCUCCCACAGUUCAAAGAUACGCAGGCUAGGUGGAUUAGCCAUGGUAAA